AUGGAGCUUCCCUUGUGUGCGGGGGGGCCGAACUGUUCGGCAGAUAUAUCUGGGCUUGCCCGUUCAGAGAACGAAGAAUCAGGCCUAUUAUCUGGACAGUGCAUCGAGGAUAUCAAUGAAAGGUCCACCAAACACAUGAGACUAUUCCCUUCUCCUGACAAGGCCCUUCUGCUGGCAAAGGAUACUGGUAUCGUCAGUGCAAAAGCAUCAUUGGACCCCUUGCCAGCAGUUAUUUGCCCUCUCACGACGAGCCAGACCAUUGAGAGCCGGCCAAGGUUGACACCCAAAGCGAUCUUAGCACUGAGUUCAGGGUUAGGACAACACAACACCGCUUCGGGAGACCCGUCACCAAACAUCCCCGCUUCGAGGAGGAAUUUGGUUGCCGAGCAUAGAAGCCAUCGAAUCCUGAAAGGGGCCAUGAACAAACUCGUGCCAAAGGCAUUCAAGGUGCAGACUAAGGGUCACCACGCCAACAAAGCAGGGUCUCGCAUAUUGGGCGGGACGCGAAGACUCGCUCAGCACGUCAUUCGACACAUGCUACAGCAUCAGCGUGGAAGUGGAACCUCUCUUGCAGAGAGAUUUCGCAACUCAGAACUUUUUAUUGUGACGCGGGGCCACCCUAAAUACCAAAAAUGGUUACGUGCAGCUCCUCUUCUUGUUGGGCUCCUCCCGGACAACAUACAGAAUGGCUUGACGUCAACAGAGGGCAGAGCCUUGUUGGAAUUCGGCGUCCUAGUGGCGGAGAAAUGGGUAUCAAGAGCUUCAAGUAUUUGA